UAUUAUUAUUAUAAUUCCAUGAAAAAAAAAAAUUGGUUAAUGCUUAAUUGCAAUGGGAAUGGAAGAAUUGUCGUUAUUCUUCUUCCUCUUCCCCCCAAAAAAACCCUAGCAAAAAACACUAUACGAUCUAUGAACAGAAACUGAAAAAAUAAGCAUCAAAUAAGAAAUUAAUCCACAGUUCUAAAGAACCCCCAUCAAAUGAUUUCCGAUCCUAAGCUGAUACUAUAUGCUUGCAUUGCAAAAGGACCCACAGUUGUGGCUGAAUUCACUCGCAAAGAAGCCGUGGGGAUCGAGCCAUUAGCAAGGGAAUGCAUCGAGAAAGCCCCUCCUUACCAUUCAAUGUUCUCUCAUACAGUUUCCCAAAGGUCCUAUACCUUCUUAAUCGAUGACCCUUUUGUUUAUUUCAUCAUAUCCCAUGAAGAUCUCGACAAAUCUGAGUCGUUUUGGUUCUUGGAUCGCUUGAAAGGUGCUUUGGACGAUUUUCUACUCACUGGUUUAGUUAUGGGUACUGAUAAUUUGACCCCAAAUUGUCUUCAAUCUCAUUUCGAUCCGGUUUUUUCAGAGGCUUUGGGUUUGGGUUUGGGUUUGGGUUUGGAUUUUGUUCCAUCCCCAGUAGUAAAAGAUAGUAGAAACCCAACCGUGGUGGCUCCUUUGUUAGGGGGUUUGAAAAAGAAGAAAAGAUCCGGUGGUGGUUUGGAAGUAAACGGCGAUGAAACCAUAGAUGGUUGCGGUGGAGUUGGCGGCGGCGGCGGUGGGAUUGUUGGGAUGGAGAAUACAGUUGAUUUAAGCGACAAUUUUAGAGAUUACCCAGUUUCAAUGCAAAAAAGUGGUGGUUUAUGUGGUGGUGGUGGCGGCGAUAAACAAAAGGCUAAACAAACAUGGAGGAAACAUGUUUGGGUAGUUUUAAUAUUGGAUUUGCUUGUUUGUGCUACUUUAUUUGGGGUUUGGUUAUGGGUUUGCAGAGGCUUACAAUGCAUUGAUGGCUAAAAAUACGUAUACUUUGAUGGUCAAAAGUGAUGAAUUCCAUUGACAAGAGCAGUAUCUAGCUGGUGAACAAAGAACAAUGCAAUGGAAAAGGGCAUUGUUAAAAUAUUGUAAUUGUAAGUGUUUGAAUCUUUUCUGGAUUUUUCAAUUCUGGGCUUGAUUAAGUCUUUUUGUUGUUGAUUUUCAGAACAUUUUCUUCUCUUUUUUUUUUUCAGUUCUUGGUUUGCAAAAUUAUAUGUAAUUUGCACCACAAACUGUUUAUACCCUACAGCAUACAAAGUUAAAAAAAAAAAAAAAAUCCCUCUGCUAUAGCAUUGUUGCUGUGGAUCAUCUUGUUAUUGCUUUUUUGAGCUUUGGUUCCCAUUUUUUUUUCAAUGUAACAGUUUUAAUUUUUCUCUUUAGAAUAAUUUAAGAUUUUCUUCAUUUCAAUAAAAAAUUUAUUGUAAUUUUAUGUUGUA